AUGUCGGAACAAGAGGCGCCGGAACAUCAAAUUGUGCUUUUUGUAAAAGCCGGCAGCGAUCGAGAAUGCAUAGGCUGCUGCCCCUUCUCGCAGGGCCUCUUCAUGAUGCUCUGGCUCAAAGGAUCCGUAUUCAACGUGACUACGGUCGACAAGGAUAGCAAGCCGAAAGAACUCGCUGAUAUUGCGCCCGGGACCUCUACUCCGUUUAUUCUCUUUAAUAACGAAGUCGUCACCGAUCCGCCCAAAAUUGUUGAAUUCCUUGAAGCUCAACUUCAACCACCAAAGUACCCAAAUUUGAUGCCAGUCAAUCCAGAAAGCAUGCUCGCUGGCUUCGAAAUCUUCGCCAAGUUUUCCGCGUGGAUCAAGGCUAAAUUCGACAGCCCAAAUUAUGAAACCCUGGAAAAGCGAUUCCUGACACAUUUGGCCAAAUUUGAUGCCUUUUUGAAAAUGAACUCCGACCGAAGAUUCAUCGAUGGAAAUACGAUGACUGCUGUUGACUGCAACAUCUUACCAAAGUUGCACAUUGCUAUUGUUGUUGCGAAAGCCUUGAGACAGUUGGAUAUUUGUCAACAAUACACUGGAAUCGCGCAAUACAUGGCGAAUGCUGCUCAACAUGCUGAAUUCUCCCAAACCUGUGCGCAGAACGACGAAAUCAUCUGGUCCUACGGAGGUCCAAAGCCAAAACUCAAGAACUAA